AUGGGAUAAGGACGGAAUUGUAGCGAUUUCCGGAUUCGCUGGAUUGGCCUGCUGGGAAGAAAGAAAACAAGGGAGGUGGAAAAAACUCCAGUUUUUUUAGUUUUAUCACGCGUUUAUAACAGUUGUGUCGUCAGAAACAAAAUGUCGCAGUCUGGAGAAAAAGGAAAGUUCCCUGAUGCUGCAGGAUAUGUGGGAUUUGCCAACCUGCCAAAUCAGGUUCACAGGAAGUCUGUGAAGAAAGGCUUUGAGUUUACUCUGAUGGUUGUAGGAGAGUCUGGUCUUGGUAAAUCAACCCUGAUCAACAGCCUCUUCCUGACUGACCUCUACCCAGAGCGCUAUAUACCUGGAGCGGCAGAGAAGAUCGAGCGCACGGUCCAGAUUGAAGCAUCCACGGUGGAAAUCGAGGAGAGGGGAGUGAAGCUCCGCCUCACUGUGGUGGACACGCCUGGAUAUGGAGACGCCAUCAACAGCCAGGACUGUUUUAAGACGAUCAUCCAGUAUAUUGAUAAUCAGUUUGAGCGAUACCUGCAUGACGAGAGCGGCCUGAACCGCAGACACAUCGUUGACAACAGAGUGCACUGCUGCUUUUACUUCAUCUCUCCGUUUGGACACGGCCUGAAGCCUCUGGAUGUUGAGUUUAUGAAGGCGAUCCACAGCAAAGUCAACAUCGUUCCUGUGAUCGCCAAAGCCGACACGCUCACGCUGAGAGAGCGAGACCGUCUCAAGAGAAGGGUGAGGGAGAUCUGCGAUCUUUCUCGCACCAUCAUGAAAGGGGGAAGCAGCUUGUGUAGAACAAUAUGGCCUUCCUGUAAUGUGUCAAGCCGAUUGGCAGGGAAAGCCGGAACUCACAUGCAGGACCUGCAGGAAGUCACUCAAGAUCUCCACUAUGAGAACUUCCGUUCAGAAAGACUAAAGCGAGCUGGCAGGGCAGCUGAUGAAGAUGUGUUGGACAAAGACCAGAUCCUCAUGGAGAAGGAAGCUGAGCUGAGACGCAUGCAGCAGAUGAUUGCUCAGAUGCAAGCUCAGAUGAAGAUAAAACCAGGAGACGACUAAGUGUGUGUGUGUGUGUGUUUGUGUGUCUAUUUGUGUAUUGUGGGAACAGGAAGUGCCAUCUGACUGGAGGUUACGUUAUCCUGCCCAUUUCUAAACACUAUUUGCUUGUCCAAUCCCUCAUGUUUAUCAGAUUAAUGGAACUUAAUGUUAAUGUCGUCUAAUUCAUAUAACCACAUCACUAUCGCAGCUCCGCCCAUACGAAUAACCUCAACACUGAAACGAAAGGUCCGUUAUCAUGUCAUUUAAUCAGUCAGGUUAGAUCCUGUUAAUAAUUUAUAUCACCUUUAGUCAAUCAUGGUUUCAUUGACAAUGUUCAGCAUAUGUUCAUCUGUAGAUUGAUCAGGGUUUGUGGUCAGCUGGAGACUAGAUGUUUUUCUGUGCCAAACACUCUUUUUAAGCUGCUUGGCUUGUACCAGUCAUGCAUCAGACUGGCAUAUGUUUACCUGAUCACCUCGACAAUACUUUAUAAAGCAUAUAUAUUAUACUUUGACUGCGGAUGCAUGGGAUAAAAUAAGAGGACGAUGCACUGGUAAGAUGCACCUGGUCAAGUUUACAAUUUUAGAAAAUGUACCUGUUCAUAAUCAUCAUAUAGUCACACAGACAUGAAUGCAUAUCAGAGUUUGUUGGACUAGUGUUUGAAAAAGCGGUCGCACGUUAGCACAUACAAAUUAAAAUAAGUAUCACUAACAAAUAAA